UCCCUACACGUGUCAACUUGCAAGAAGGCAAAAAAAAAUGAUGAUCGUCCGAUAACCAUGAAAACAUAGUGGAACAUGAAUUGAAUGAUGUGGAUGAUUUUACAAAUUAGAUAACAGAGUUUAACGUGGCGACAUGAAACGUCUGUUGUGUUUUGUGUUUCAGUGCGAUUCGAAUGAAUGAAGUGACGAUUGAACAUACAGCAUUGCUUAAUUAAAUUGAAAUAAGGAGAUAAUGGCAUUCAGACCGCUAAGACAGGAAUACUUGCAGAUGCCAGUGGUGACGAGGGCAUACACCACUGCUUGUGUCCUUACCACUCUCGCUGUGCAACUGGAUCUGGUCUCACCUUUCCAAUUGUAUUUCAAUCCCAUUCUGAUUGUCCACCAGUACCAGUUCUGGAGAUUAAUUACAACGUUUUUAUACUUCGGCACAGUUGGCUUCAACUUCUUUUUUAAUAUGAUAUUCACGUAUAGAUACUGCAGAAUGCUGGAAGAGGGUCCAUUUAGGGGUAAAACGGCAGAUUUUGUAAUGAUGUUCAUAUUUGGAGGUGUUUGUAUGAUAAUAUUUGCAUUUUUUGUUAACCUACUUUUCCUGGGACACGCAUUCACCCUGAUGCUGGUAUACGUAUGGUCGAGAAGGACGCCAUUUGUUAGAAUGAAUUUCUUCGGACUAUUGAACUUCAAUGCUCCGUUGUUACCCUGGGUACUUUUAGGGUUCUCCGUACUACUCGGCAAUGUGAUAUGGGUCGACCUUAUUGGGAUGGCCGUCGGCCACAUGUAUUAUUUUGCUGAGGAUGUCUUUCCAAACCAAAGGGGGGGAUUCAGAAUUUUAAAAACCCCAAGAAUACUUAAAAAACUGUUCGACGAACCUCCAGCAGAUCCAAACUACGCACCCCUCCCAGAGGAUCGCCCAGGAGGCUUCAAUUGGGGUCAGGAUGCAGACUUACAGUGAAAAAUGAAAUUCAACAGAAAUUCUAAUGAUUCCACAAGUGUUUUUUUUUACCUUUCUGGAUGAAAAGUUUUACAUCAAGAAGAUAGAAAUGAUUUGGAGUUAAAUGAAUGCUGUGAUCUCUGGACACUCGACUGUCUCCUCCUCGAGUGAAGGAAAAGAACGAGAAUAUUUUGACUGCACGAUAAAUAUCGCACAUCAGAUAUAAAAACGACGGAAAAUUGUCUUAUACCUAGGGGGUUUUUUUAUUCAUGUGCUUGUAAAUAAUAGAUAGAUGAAUUAUGACUAUUAAUAUUAUUAUUCGUACUGUCAUUAGAGUAAUCAUUACUACUGGAAUGUAUUUAAGAGGAAAUAAAGCGAAAUAAUAAGGGAAACAAAGAAUAACUGAUUUUUUCCA